UACAACUCUGUUCUCUCCACGAAACAACGGCGCUUUCUUUCUAUUUUUCUUACGUGGUUUUGUGAUUCGGCAUUGCAAAAUUGAGAACUUGUUGGUGUCACACAAAAGAGGGUUAAGAAUUAAGAUUCCCUGCACCACAAUCACAACUCUUCUUCAUCAUAAUCAUCUAUGAACAACACUAGGCUCAAGAAGCCUUUUCCAUCAAAGAAGAAAAAGAAGAAUCUCAAGGAGAUUCAGUUAAUGUGUUUGUUAGUAAUGUGUGUUUAAUUUAUUAACAGGGUUCUGUUAAGAUCUGAUGAAGGUGGAUUAUCUGAUUUUAGUAAGAGGUUCUGUUUCUUCAGGGCAACACAGGCAGAGAUUGCUUCUCAAGACUUUUUCUGUUUUCUAGCUGAGUUCUACUGGGGUGUUACUAUGGCUAUGGCCCUUUGAUGGAUUGAAAAAUCUCCAACAAAUUGGAUCAAUGUUAAAGGCAGUGGUGUAUGGUCUUUGGAUUACCUCUAUCCUCAUAUGUGUAUCUGCAACUGAUAGUGGGUUUUCUAGAUGUAACUGUGAUGAUGAGGCCAGUUUGUGGAGUAUUGAGAGUAUUCUGGAGUGUCAGAGAGUUGGGGAUUUCUUGAUUGCUGUGGCCUACUUCUCCAUCCCUAUUGAGCUGCUUUAUUUUAUCAGUUGCUCAAAUGUUCCCUUCAAAUGGGUCCUUGUUCAGUUCAUUGCCUUCAUUGUGCUGUGUGGAUUGACCCAUUUGCUGAAUGGGUGGACCUAUGGCCCUCACACUUUUCAACUCAUGGUGGCACUCACUGUGUUUAAAAUUCUCACUGCUUUGGUGUCUUGUGCCACUGCUAUAACUCUGAUCACUUUGAUUCCUUUGCUUCUCAAAGUGAAGGUUAGAGAGUUCAUGCUGAAGAAAAAGACCUGGGAUCUUGGCCGGGAGGUUGGUAUUAUUAUGAAGCAAAAGGAGGCUGCAAUGCAUGUGAGAAUGCUUACUCAGGAGAUUCGCAAGUCGCUUAAUCGACAUACGAUUUUGGACACCACUUUGGUGGAGCUGUCUAAAACAUUGGGCUUGCAGAAUUGUGCUGUGUGGAUGCCUAAUGUUGAGAGGACAGAGAUGAACCUCACUCAUGAAUUGAAUGAAAGGAAUUUCAAUUUUUCUAUACCCAUUACUGAUCCAGAUGUUGUGAAUAUUAAGGGAAGUGAUGAUGUGAAUGUACUUGGCCCUGAGUCAGCACUGGCUGUUGCUAGUUGUGGAGUUUCUGGUGGGGCAGGACCAGUUGCUGCAAUCCGAAUGCCGAUGCUACGGGUUUGUAAUUUCAAAGGGGGAACGCCUGAGCUAAGGCAAUUAUGUUAUGCGAUAUUGGUCUUGAUUCUUCCUGUUGGAGAGCCUAGAUCUUGGAGCAAUCAGGAGCUGGAGAUAAUUAAAGUGGUUGCUGAUCAGGUUGCGGUGGCUCUAUCUCAUGCCGCAAUCCUUGAAGAGUCCCAGCUUAUGAGAGAGAAGUUGGAAGAGCAAAAUCGAGCUUUGCAGCAGGCGAAAAGGAAUGCUAUGAUGGCAAGCCAGGCAAGGAAUGCGUUUCAGAAAGUCAUGAGUGAUGGAAUGAGGAGGCCAAUGCACUCAAUUUUGGGAUUGCUUUCGAUGAUAAAAGACGAUAAUUUUAACGAUGAACAGAAACUCAUUGUUGACGCCAUGCUAAGGACCAGCAAUGUGCUAUCAAACUUGAUAAAUGAUGCCAUGGACAAUUCUGCAAAAGAUGAUGGGAGGUUUCCUCUAGAGAUAAGGUCUUUUGGGCUACAUUCCAUGAUAAAGGAAGCAGCUUGUGUUACCAAGUGCAUGUGUGUCUAUAGGGGCUUCGGUUUUAUGGCGGAGGUUGAUAAGUCUCUACCUGACAAUGUUAUGGGUGAUGAGAGGAGGGUUUUUCAGGUGAUUUUGCAUAUGGUUGGGAACCUACUCCAUCCCAACCAUGGGGGAUCUCUUGUAUUUCGGGUUUUUGCAGAAACUGGAAGUAAUGGAAGGAAUGACAAAGGGUGGGCAACCUGGAGACCAAGCUCAUCUAGUGGUGAUGUAAAUAUUAGAUUUGAGUUAGGGAUCAACAGUAGUGAUUCUGAAGUUGGGAGCUCAGUUUCUUCAGUACUUGUGGCUAGGAAAUAUACCAGUGAUAGAGUUGAUGGCAGAUUGAGCUUCAGUAUUUGCCAGAGGAUAGUCCAGUUGAUGCAAGGGAACAUAUGGUUGGUACCAUAUGCUCAUGGUUUUCCUCAAAGCAUGUCACUCCUCCUUCGGUUUCAAUUACGGCCGUCCAUUGCCAUAGCCAUCUCUGAACCUGGAGAGUCUUCAGAACGUACCGGUUCCAAUUCAAUGUUGAGCGGGCUGCAAGUUCUGUUAGUUGACAAUGAUGAUGUAAAUAGAGCAGUGACCCAAAGAUUGCUUCAGAAACUAGGUUGUGUGGUAACUUCUGUUUCUUCAGGACUUGAGUGCCUUACUUUCAUUGGACAUGCUGGAUCUCCCAUUCAAGUCAUUCUUUUGAAUCUUCAAAUGGAUGAUUUAGAAGGCUUUGAAGUCGCCACAAGGAUUCGGAAAUUUAGAAGCCGAAAUUGGCCUGUGAUUGUUGCCUUGACUUCGAGUGCAGAAGAAGAUUUGUGGGAAAGAUGCAUGCAAAGUGGUAUUAGCGGAGUUAUCCGAAAACCGGUUUUGUUGCAAGGCAUUGCUGGUGAACUCAGAAGAAUCCUGAUGCAGGGAAAUAAUGUGCUGUGAAAAAGGGUGCAAGUUAAACACUUCGCAUCUAGUGAUUAAGUUCUUUUAUGUCACAUUCUUGGUUGAAUUAUAGAAGAACACAGGCACAUCACUCUUUAGCUCUCACUUGCUAGCAAUUUUCAACGUAGAGAUGUUAUACACAGACUUUCAUAUGAACCAAAAAAAAAGGUAUACAGAUUAGUUCCUUUCUCUCAAUAUGUUCAUGUUGUGAGUGUUAUGUAUGUAUUGUCAAAUUUGACGCACUCUGCUUCAGAGAUCUGACACAUGCAUGUAUUCAGAAGAAUGGAAAAAAUAUUCCAAAAAAUAAAAAAUAUAAUUAUUUUCUUGUUUCGAUAA